CUCGAUCAGUAACUAUGAGAUUAUUCGCUGUGAUCGCUUUUGUGUUUUGCGCUCUGAGCGCCAAGCCGCUCGAAACGGAAGGUGCCAAGAUCUUGGCUACCCUGCCAUUUCCGGGUCGCUCCCAGUAUAUAUUUAUGGAGAACUACCUGAAGGCCCUGGCCGCAAAGGGUCACCAGGUGACUGUGAUCAACGCCUUCAAGAACAAGGAAACGCCAAACAUGCGCUUUAUCGAGGUUCUUAAAGCGCAUGAGUUCUCUGAUGAAAUGAUGAGCCUGCUGAAUGUUCCAAUUUUGUGGCAGCAGCUAAAUGCAAUGGAUUUCAUUUUGACCAGGUUCACUGAGGUCACUCUGGACAAUAAGGAUGUGCAGAAGCUUCUGAACUCGGGAGAAACUUUUGAUAUAGUGCUUUCCGAGAUGCUCCAAAUGGAACCGCUGUACGCCUUCGCGGAACAUUUCAAUGCCACUCUGAUUGGUUUCUCCAGCUUCGGAACAGAUAGAAAGGUUGAUGCGGCGGUUGGCAAUAUAUCACCCAUUUCGUACAACCCAUUGGUGACCUCUCCCCGCACUGAUAGGAUGACUUUUGUGGAACGCUUGGAAAACCACUACGAAGUCCUUGUUGAGGAUAUUCACUGGGAAUUGGUUCACCUGCCCAAUAUGAAGAAGGUGUUCAAGAAGUAUUUCCCGAAUGCAAAGAAAACCAUGGAGGAAAUCAUGGAUAGUUUUUCGUUGAUUCUGCUGGGACAGCACUUUUCCCUGAGCUACCCGCGUCCCUAUCUGCCCAACAUGAUCGAGGUUGGUGGAAUGCAAAUUUCGCACAAGCCGAAACCGCUGCCAGAGGACAUUAAGCAGUUCAUUGAGGGUUCGCCCAAUGGCGUUGUCUACUUCUCCAUGGGCUCCAAUGUGAAGAGCAAGGAUCUGCCGCAGGAAACUCGUGACACCCUGUUGAAAACCUUUGCCAAGCUGAAGCAGCGAGUGCUGUGGAAGUUCGAGGACGAUGAUAUGCCGGGAAAGCCAGCGAAUGUGCUGAUCAAGAAAUGGUAUCCCCAGCCGGAUAUUCUAGCCCAUGCUAAUGUCAAGAUUUUCAUCACCCACGGUGGCCUGCUGAGCACCACGGAGAGUGUUUACUUUGGCAAACCGGUGCUGGGAUUGCCGUGCUUCUAUGACCAGCACAUGAAUGUGCAGCGCGCCCAGCGAAUGGGCUUCGGUUUGGGCUUGGAUCUGAACAAUCUGAAGCAGGAGGAACUGGAAAAGGCCAUCCAAACGCUGCUCAACGAUCCCAGCUAUGCCAAAGCAUCGGCAGCCAUUUCGGAACGGUAUCGCGAUCAGCCGCAAACAUCUCUCGAUCGAGCUGUCUGGUGGACGGAAUACAUUAUCAGGCACAAGGGCGCUCCUCACCUGCGAUCAGCCGCCCGCGAUCUCAACGCCAUCCAACUCCACAGCCUGGACACAUGGGCUGUGCUCUUGGGCGUACCCCUACUAGUCAGCCUAGUGGUCCUCAAGUUAUCUUGCAAAUUACUGCGGGGCAAGAAACAAAAGUGCCCACAUGCCGAGAAGCUCAAGAAACAGUAGAGGCAUUGCCGUUCUGUUUGUUGUUUACAGUCCUAAGUACCUAGUUGUCUUAUCAGCCUUAUCUAGUAAUACGAUCGUUGAAAUUAUAUUUUUUAUUGCUCAAAA